AUGCGUGAUUUCUACCAAGAGCCUGUUCCUGGUGGGGUUAGUGAACGUCUCUGGAAGGAGAACCAGGACCUUGCUCGUAUGAGCCUCCAUCACCCCUUUGUCCAAGGCCUAGGUGACGGUACUCUUGACUCUGCAGCCUUCCAGACUUAUAUGGCCCAAGAUACACUCUACUUGAAUGGCUACAUUCGUACCCUAUCCUACUGUAUUGCUAAGAGCGAUGUUACGGCUACUGGAGGGGACUUGUUGGCGUUGCUUGACGGUGUUGGUGAUGAAUUGAAGGCUUGUCAUCAGCACUACAUCGAUAAUCCUGACGCCACUGGUCCGGAGGCUGCCUGUCGCAAGUAUGUUGAUUUCCUUCUGGCCAUUGGUCAGGCUGCUGAUCUCGGACCCUCAGUUGUGAUAGCUGCAGUGAUACCCUGUGCUAGGCUGUAUGCUUGGAUUGGCAAGGAGCUCACUAUGGGCAAGGAAAUAUCUGAGGACCAUCCUUUUCGUAGAUGGCUCCUCAGUUACUCUGAUGAGCCUAUCAACACCUCAGCGAAGAUAUUGGAGUCACUACUUGACAAACAGAUCCGACCGGGGGAGUUUGGCGAGGUCGCUCAAGCUUAUAGGCGAGCUAUGGAGCUCGAGUACGACUUCUUCGAUUCAUUUGGUGGUUGUUUGGGUCGACCCAGUGAAGGGACGAUGAAGAUCCCUACGGUAUUGAUAGUCAGUGGCAGCGACUCGGGUGGUGGUGCUGGCCAUCAGGCCGAUUUGAAGACCUUGGAGGCACUGGGAGUGUACUCUACCUCUGCGUUGACAUCAAUAACGGCUCAGAAUACAAAAGGCGUCCAGCAAAUACAAGUCGUAAAUGAGGAUAUCUUCGCUGCCCAAAUGAACUCUGUUACCAGCGAUUUCGAGGUGUCUGUUGUGAAGUUAGGUUUGGUGCCGACUGCUAGACAGCUUGAGAUAGUUGGUGAGAAGCUAGCAGAGCUGCCGAUGGUUGUAGAUCCCGUUCUAGUGGCUACUAGUGGAGACGAUCUCGUCGCUCAGAAGAAUGCUGAGGAUGUAUUGGCCAUGUAUAAGGAACGGAUUUUCCCGCGCGCCACAAUAAUCACCCCGAAUGUUGUCGAGGCUGAGCGUAUCCUGGGUAGGAAGGAGAUCAGUGGAGUAUACGAGGCCAGAGCAGCUGCACAGGCCUUGGCACAGUAUGGGUCGAAAUAUGUUCUGCUCAAGGGUGGCCACGAUGAGACUGAUCCCAAGGCCUGCAGGGAUGUACUCUAUGAUCGUGAGAAAGAUGAGUUCUAUGAGUUCACCAACAGGAGGAUCGCCACUAUCAACACACAUGGUACUGGAUGCACUCUUGCUAGUGCUAUAUCGGCCUUCAUGGCGCGUGGGUAUCCCGUUCCUGUGGCUGUUGAGAGGGCUAUUGGAUAUCUCCAUGAGGUUAUAGUUCGCUCAUGUGGGGUUCCACUAGGGCAGGGAACUAAUAGACCCCUGGUCCACUCUGCUAACAGUGUUUGGGCUAACUAUGUCUAG